UGAUUCAGAGAAUAACUACAAAAGUACUCUUCCAGUGAUUGAAGAAGAGAAAAACAUGAGCAAGUCCUAGCUAACAACUCUAGAUUUAGUAAAGAAAGAGAAUCGAUUAAAAAUGAAGAAGUAUGAGAAGCAGUUUGGAGAACUCUUUCUCGAUUUAAAUAAUAGUUUAAACAGCUAUCAAGAGAAGCUUGCCAAAAACUUCCUGAAUACCUUCCAGGAACAGAUCAUGAAACUUCAUGACGACAUCUGGAAGCUUAAAGAAAAAGUUGACCAUGAUGAUGAAGAAAUGCUGAACAAGCCAAAUGAUAAAUCUAACAAAUCUAAAAGUAAGAGUAAGUUUCUUGAAGAGACACUUGAGUGGCUUAAGAAAGAAUCAAUCAGACUUACUGAGAAAAACUCAGCACAGAAGAAAGAGAUAGGAAAGUGGAAGUCUAAAGCAGAUGCAUUUGAAUCUGACAUAGCUUUCCUUCAAGUUGUAAUUAAAUAAAUCCAAGAAAACCAUAAAACUGCUGAAUUACAAACUUUCACAGUGCACUUGUGAGAACUUGAAGCAAGAAAUUAAUGACCCAAGCUUGUAUAAAGACUUUUCGUGCACUCAUUAUGAGAACCAGAUGAUUUUGCCUUCAGGUGAUAAAAAGUAUGAUGAUAGCACAAUGAUCUUUAAUAAAACUCAGACAGAUAUUUACCCAGUCAAGAAAGAUAAGGGGAAUCAAAAUGCUCUGGUUCUAAGAGAUGCUAGCUCUAUCGAGCACUUUCCUAUCUCCGAGACCCAGGAGUUAUCAACAAAAGCUCAGGAAUUAAAGGUAAACAAUAUAAUAAAAAGUCAGAAGAGGCAAAUAGACUACCUUAAGAGUAAAUUAAAAUCUGUGACUCGGACCAAGGUCAAGAAUGUCCAAAGGUCAUCAGACCUAGAGAAAUUGUUCAUGUCAUGAGUAGAGGAAGUGAAGAAGGAGGUGACUAAGAGACGCACACUUUCCUCUGUCAGAACAAAAAGAGAGCUUAAAGGUUCUUUCUGUAAUCAGGAUAAAAUCAAGAUUUUAGAGAAAUUUGUUACAAAUGAGACCCUCCUUUCUCAAAUUUAUCAGAAUAUUUUUGAUCAACCUAAGGAAGAAGGUAAAGAAAUCCCCUUCGUUCAAGAAACACUGAAAACAUUCUCACCAGAUGUGGAAGAUAUUGAGAAAAUCACCUUUGAUCCUCUCAUAGACACUAAAAAGACAUUUAUGCAGUUCAAGACCUCGAGGGUGUGUAAGCCUCUAUCCUCUGGAACUGGAGGGAAAACACUAAGUUCCAAAGCUAGUGGAUACAAUAAGCCGAAAUUUGUCGUCCCUAAUACAAGUGAUGACACCAGAAGACCAAGUAAAAGACCAGUAAAGCUGAUCAAGUUGCCAAAAGAGAGAAGCCAAGGGAGAAAUAGAGCCCAUAAACUAGGCCUUAAGCCGCUUUAUCAUACUCAUAGAUAAGCAUAAAGCCUCAGAAAAGUUUAGAGGAUGAAGCCGACCUUGAGAAUGUCAAGAACUCCAUUAAUGAAGAAAGGAGCAGUUCUUUUGU